AGUGAAGUUUUGCCGAAAUCCAUCAAAAUUCAACUAAUAUAUAAAUUCUACGAAGCUUCCUUGUGGACCUCGCCACAGACGUACCAACAAGAUCAAGGCAGCCCCAACAGUGAUGUUACUGUCAGCCCUGUGUUCAUAAACAGGAAUCCAAGAAAUCUAGAAACUCUGGGUUUAGCCCGAAAGCGUGAUGGAUGGCCUUUGCAAAGUCCGCGAAAAGACUACUACAACAAAGUUGUGUUGAAGAAGAGUCACCGGAAUACAUCGGCCUGGGUUGAACAUUGGACCGGGUCUGUGGUGGUUUCUGCAUCCACUACUGAGUGGGCCAUUAAAGAACAUCUCUACAGUACUCGAGAUGUGUGUGCAGCUGAAAACAUCGGCCGUGUGUUGGCACGACGCUGUCAGGAGUGUGGAAUAACUCGCGUAUUCCACGACGACGCUGAAGAAAGUGAUGAGUCAGAACGGCUGCAGGCAUUCUUAGAUGCUUUUCAAGAGGGGGUAACUCUUGAAGAACCUGAACAGAUCAUUCCGGAGUACCAGCCUGGGAUAGACUAUGACCGAAAGAAUCGCUACGCAGAAGAGAAACGUUGGAAGGAAGAUUAUCAGCCAGACUAACCUAGAUCAGACAUUCAGAAUAAUAAACAUUUCAAGAACGUUUUGUGUGUGUCAGUGCUGACCCAGACUAACCUAGAUCAGACAUUCAGAAAAAUAAAACAUUUUAAGAA